AUGGGAGAGCAAAAUUGUACAACAGUGAUGGAGUUCGUUCUCCUCGGGCUAGCAGAUGUCCCUGAGCUGAGACUCCUCCUCUUCCUGGUGUUCCUUCUCAUCUAUGGCGUCACUGUCUUGGCCAACCUGGGCAUGGCGGCCCUGAUUCAGGUCAGCUCCCAACUUCACACCCCCAUGUACUUCUUCCUCAGCCACUUGGCCUUUGUGGAUUUCUGCUACUCCUCUGUCAUCGUGCCAAAGAUGCUGGCUAAUACCAUAAACGAUGACAAAACCAUCUCCUUCCCAGCAUGCAGAAUACAAUUCUUUUUGUUUUGUACAUGUGUGGUCACUGAAGUCUUCCUGCUGGCUGUGAUGGCCUAUGACCGCUUUGUGGCCAUCUGUAACCCACUGCUGUACAUGGUCAUCAUGUCCCGGAAGCUCCAAGCAGAGCUGGUUUCUCUCUGCUACCUCUGUGCAUCUGUGUGUUCUCUGAUUCACCUGUGCUUAGCUAUGGAGGUCCAAUCCUACAAGUCCAAUGUGAUCAACCACUUCUUCUGCGACCUGCCCCCUCUCUUAAGCAUUGCUUGCUCUGAUGUCACCGUGAAUGAGGUGCUGCUGUUCAUCGUGGCCACGUUCAAUGAGACCCUUACCGUUGCGAUCAUCCUCACCUCCUACUUGCUCAUUCUCAUCACCAUCCUGAGGAUGCGCUCGGCAGAGGGACGGCGCAAAGCAUUUUCCACCUGCGCCUCCCACCUCGCAGCCAUCACUGUCUUCCAUGGAACAAUCCUUUCCAUUUAUUGCCGGCCCGCCUCAGGUGACAUUCAGGAGGCUGACAAAGUGGCCACGGUGUUCUACACUGUUGUGAUUCCCAUGCUGAACCCUCUGAUCUAUAGUCUGAGAAACAAGGAUGUCAAAGAAGCUCUCAGAAAAUGUGUCAGCUCCAGAAUAUAA